UUCAGCAGGUCCACCGGGCUUCCCGCGGGGAGUGAUGAACCCGUCAGACCCUCAGACCCACCUGCAGCACCACACCUCCCCCACCGUCGGCUCCCUCCCCCCCAAAGGCGCGCGCCAGGAGUCCCCGGACCUGAUGGCCGCGGCCGCGUACUGCGACGGGUACCACCAGCACCAGCAGGGCGCGCAGAGACCCGGGUACGGCCUGCAGGACUACGCGUCCUCCCCGAACCCGUACCUGUGGCUGAACGGGCCGGGGGUCGGGCCCUCCGCCCCCUACAACCCGGCGCCCUWCAUCCCGCCCUCCUACGGCCCCCAGCGGCCGUUCCUCGGCGGCUCGGCCGGGUUCGGCGCGCCGGACCUGGGCUGGUUCUCCAUCAGCACCCAGGAGGAGCUGCUGAAGCUGGUCCGGCCGCCCUACUCCUACUCUGCGCUCAUCGCCAUGGCCAUCCAGAGCGCGCAGGACCGGAAGCUGACCCUGAGCCAGAUCUACCAGUACGUGGCGGAAAACUUCCCGUUUUACAAGAAGAGCAAGGCGGGCUGGCAGAACUCCAUCCGGCACAACCUGUCCCUGAACGACUGCUUCAAGAAGGUCCCGCGGGACGAGGACGACCCAGGUAAAGGGAACUACUGGACGUUGGACCCAAACUGUGAGAAAAUGUUUGACAACGGAAAUUUCCGCAGGAAAAGGAAGCGGCGGUCCGACCCGAGCUCAGCCGGAGCCGCAGCCAAGGUGGAGGACUGCAGGGGGGCCGCCGGGCCCUCCCUGAAGCCUUCAGAGAGCCCACAGCUCCUGGGACCCCCCUCCCCGGACUUAGACCCCAUGAACGAGUCCCACAGGUCCUCGUCUCCGGUGGGUCCGGUGGGUCCCGCCUCCGGCUCCUCGUGUUUCAACAACUUUUACAGCAACAUGUCGGCGCUGGGCUCAGGGACCCCCGGCCGGCAGGGGCCCCUGGGACUGGUGAACGAGCUGUCCAACAGGAACGUCAGCGCCCUGAGUCCGUACCCCCACCACGGCCACAGCGGGGGGCAGGACCCGGGGGGGCCGGAGCCCACAGACGGACUUCAUUUUAACCGAGGAGUUUAUUACAACUCACCGAGCGGACAGUUCAGCUCCUUCUACAACAGCUUCAGCCUCAACAGCCUCAUCUACCCCCGGGACGGGACCGAGGUCUGACCCGAGCCCCGGGACGGGACCGAGGUCUGACCCGAGCCCCGGGACGGGACCGAGGUCUAACCCGAGCCCCGGGACGGGACCGAGGUCUAACCCGAGCCCCGGGACGGGACCGAGGUCUGACCCGAGCCCCGGGAUGGGACCGAGGUCUGACCCGAGCCCCGGGACGGGACCGAGGUCUGACCCGAGCCCCGGGACGGGACCAAGGUCUGACCCGAGCCCCGGGACGGGACCCAGGUCUGAUCCGAGCCCCGGGACGGGACCGAAGUCUGACCCGAGCCCCGGGACGGGACCCAGGUCUGAUCCG